AUGUUUGGGGCAUCAAUAAAAAUUCUCAGUGGAAUCCACAAAAAAAUGGUUAAUUUGAGACCCGCUCAAAAAAAUUUUUGGACAAAAAAACAAAAACCCAAAGUAUCAUCAUCUCAGCUCGAAAAUUCUCCAGUUCGCGCAUGUGGAGAAUCUCCUUCGAAAUGUCUCGACUCAGGCUAUGGGAAACCUCUUCCGAAGCCGAAUAAAUCUCUCUUGAAUUUCUGUAGAGGAAAGCCAGAGAUAAAAGAGAAGCCUUCGAACUGCGAUGAAAAAGAGUGCGAAAAACGCGAGACUUUUCUGGAGUAUCUAUUCGGGAAAAGAGAUAAAAAGCCAAAAAAAAUUUCUUUCCCUGCAGUAAAAUACAUCCUAUGCCGUGAAUACUCCGCUCCCAAGGUCCAGGAACUUCUGGAACCUCAGCCGAUGUCUGCAUCGAAAUUUCCAGCCCCAAAAGCUGUCAAUACUAUGGAAUUUGUCAAAAAAUCGCAAAAAAUUCCUUCUACGUGCUCCGCAGCUGCCCUCUUCAUUGACCAAUAUUCUUGUGAAAGUUCAAAAAAAUGUAAAAAGAUUGAAGCGUUCAAAGUUCCAUUCGAACAGCUGCGACCAUCCGCGAACACAAAAGAAAAGUUCAGCUGUAGAACUGGAGUUGAUCAUGAGAAUAUUUUCAAGCCUAUGAAGAGGAAUUGCUGUGUAGAAGCUGCGAAAGUCGGGAGAGUCACUAAAUUCCCUGGAGAGAUCCCCAAACCGCCGUCCCUGAACUUCAAUGCUGAGAGUUUAUGUAAUGCGAGUCCUAAGAAGUUCACGAGAACUUCGAGGGUCGAGAAAUUGAAGGCGUUGGUGUCCAGUUCUAAACAUUGUCCGGUGCCUAGUUUCAAGGAUUCUAAAUGAUGGAGUGGCCCGAAGUCCAGUAUAUUAAGAAAAAUCUGUAAAGUCCUCCUUUGAGACCGCAAAGGUGACAUUCCAGACACAAUCGGAGGACUUUGCUCUUUUCGAAAAGUCACCCUGAUCGAUCAAACCCAGAGUUAACUCCGAGUUAACUCUGGGUUUAUAGGGAAAACCCAGUGAAGGAAGAAAAAAAGUCUGCGAAAGUUCCAUUAACCCAUAGUGAACCCAGUGUUAACUCUGGGUUUAAUUCAUCAAGGCGGUCUCAAGGUGGGCCACAUCUGCAUGCAAGUCCACUGCAUCUGCAAUCGUUUCAAUUUGGUGGAGAGACAGGCGAAGACACCAGAGGGAAUAAGGACGCAACUGGUGGAGUGGCCCCCCUAAGGAUCGCUGGACUGAGAUCAAUUACCUGCUGGUUGGUUUCGGUUAGGAGAUCUGUCUCCUUGAGCAUCCUCAAUGUGGACAGCGUCCCACAAAAAAUCUUUUGCUCUUUUCCCCUGAUAACACUCAAAAUAAUUGGGACACUGAACAGGAUAAAAAAAAUUCUUAAUGUUCUAUCACUUCCCACCACUUCUCUUCUGAAAGUCGAUGCAUGAUCCAUAAUUUUCGAAUAUCGUUUAUCAAUCAUGCUGUUCUACUCGAGAUUCAACAAAUAAUAAUUGAUUCGUAGCGUAAAAUAUUAAUGUUGAAUGAAUAAUGAAAAAGAACA